AUGCAGCUGUCCUACGCCUCCGUCUGCGGCCUCCUGCUCAUCUUAAACCUGCAGCUGAUCGCUUCAUAUCCCAUCAGCACCGGCCUCACCGACACCGACAUGGACAUCUUAAAGGUGAUCCUUCACAAGCUGGAGGAGUCCGUGUCCGAGCAGACCGGUGUGGAUCCUGCAGAGAGGGACAGUGUGGACGUGGAUGAAGCAGCAGCAGCAGCAGCAGAAGCAGACGCCCAGCAGCCUCAGACCGACCUGGACGAGGAGAUGAUCCGGGAGUUUCUGUCCGCCAAAAACCUGAAGAGCGUCCGCAACGACUCAACCAGGAAAUCCUCGGGCUGCUUCGGCCGACGGAUGGACAGGAUAGGAUCCAUGAGCUCUCUGGGCUGCAACACUGUUGGCAAAUACAGUAAGUUAGAACAAUCCAGGUAG